CGUCGCGAGUUAAAGGCAGCACCCGGGCUGGGAGGAGUGUGGGUGGUUGCGGUGUUCUCCGUACUGUAGCCUGUGAAACAACAGUGCGGCCAUGGCAGAACCACAGCCCGCAUCCAGCGGCCUCACCGACGAGGCUGCCCUCGGUUGCUGCUCCGACCCGGAUCCCAGCACUAAGGAUUUUCUGUUGCAGCAGACCAUGCUACGAAUUAAGGAUCCUAAGAAGUCAUUGGAUUUUUAUACUAGAGUUCUUGGAAUGACGCUACUCCAAAAAUUAGAUUUUCCCACUAUGAAAUUCUCACUGUAUUUCUUGGCUUAUGAGGAAAAAAAUGACAUCCCAAAAGAUAAAGAUGAAAAAGUAGCAUGGGUAUUCUCCAGGAAAGCUACCCUUGAACUGACACACAAUUGGGGCACGGAAGAUGAUGAGACCCAGAGUUACCACAGUGGCAACUCAGACCCUCGAGGAUUUGGUCACAUUGGAAUCGCUGUUCCUGAUGUACAUGGUGCUUGUAAAAGAUUUGAAGAGCUGGGAGUCAAAUUUGUGAAGAAACCUGACGAUGGUAAAAUGAAAGGCCUGGCAUUUAUCCAAGAUCCCGAUGGCUACUGGAUUGAAAUUUUGAAUCCUAACAAAAUGACAACUAUUAUUUAGUUCUGUGAGAAUACUGCUUUGCAAUUUCAGUGAAGACCUUGUGGGAGGUAAAAAAGGAAAUGGUGUGAUUCAGGACAUUCAGAUAACAGAAACAUCUAGGACUGAAGAAUCAUUGUCCCAAUUUAAGAUUAUUCUGAAGUCCACUCCCCUUUCCUAGUUCAGCUAUGUUUUUCACCUAACUGUUCAGUCAUUGUGAUUUUAAAGUAGUGCUUUGUCUUAGGUCCUUGAAUUUAGUUAAAAAACUUUACUUUUUAAGGUAAUAAUUAGAACAGUUCCCUUCAGAGGCUGCAUUUGCCUUCUUUCUCCUAAAUAUGAUUUCUCUACAAGUCUGCCUUUGAAUCAUCAUUCUCAAAAAAAAAAAAAAAAUUAACAAGUUUUUGUUGUGGUUACCUUCGGGGUUUCAAUUCCUCAGAAAUAACUUUUCCCAAUGAAAAGUAAAGAACACUGAACAAAAAUGAAACCUCGUGUAUACUUCAAAUAGUAUAAAGUGUUUAUUUUACAAAAGAAAAGCAAGUCAGAAUCAGACUGACAAGGAUGUUGACAGCAAAACUAAUUUCUUCUUACUUACAAAGUACUUUCAAAGUUCAAGGACUAACCUCUUUAUUUGGGGAUGUGGCGGUGGAUGGGAAGAAUAUUUACUGGGUAUACAGACACUGGGCUAGGCUGUCACAUACUGUAUCUCAUUUAAUCCUCCCAGCUAUCCUCUAUCCUGUGAGAGAGAAGGCAGACUAGACAUGUAAAAUAACUUUAAUGCAUUGAGGCAAUAUAAAUAGGCUCAAGUACUUGAGAUCUGAUUCUCAUUUUUAGUAUUUAGAUUGCACUUCAAAAAUGAGUACCUCACAAGCCCUCCUCCACUCGCCUCUGCUGUGAAACCUUUUGGCGAGUUCGAACGUUGUCCUCUCAGACGUAGGGCCUGAGCACUGCGGAGAGGGAAGGAACAGCAGAGGAAGUCUGUAGCACACAACUGUUCUGGGGACACCUGCUCAUUCCUGGGCAAGCCGUGCCUGUGUCACUCGUGAAGAGCCCCUACCCCAAGGUCUUCCUGAUGCCAGGAUUCAUUUAGGAUAAAUGAUGUUCAGUGAUAACAUUACUUAAUUAUCAGGAAUCACCUCAAUGGUCUUCCUUGCCAUGAUUGAUAUUUGAUGGGUUUUAAAAAAAUCAAACUGAUUUUGACAAUCUCAUGGCCCAGAGAAAUAACAUCCAGUUUGUGGUUUGCCUAACAUUUAGAUUUUCGGAAGACCUUUGGGUAGAUUGUGUCGACGGUGCUUACACUGCUAGAAGCACUUGACAUUUCCUUUUUGGAUAGAACAGACUAUGUGAGCAAUUCAGACAAAUAGCAGUACUUACACAUGGAAAUAAAAUAAAAUUUCAAAUAAGACUGUUUCAUUUGUGAACUGUCCAGCAUAUUCUUUUUAAAAGAGCCUGAAAUGGGGCGCCUGGGUGGCUCAGUCGGUUGGGCAUCCGACUCUUGGUUUCAGCUCAGGUCCUGAUCUCCUGGGUCCUGGAUUGAGCCCCGAGUCACCUCCGCACUCAGCACGGAGUCUGCUUGAGGAUUCUCUCCCUCUGCCCCUCCCUCCCACUCAUCUAUUUAUCUAGAAUAGAUAAAUCUUUUAAAAAAAAACAAAAACCUGCAAUGAUUUGAAAGGGCUUGCAGGCUCGUUCUGAACCAGGAAGCUGUAAUUCUGUCUGUCCUGCAAAACAGAUAGUUUCUAUGGAUAAGGAAGUGUGGAAAAAGGGGAAAGAGUAAAUAGGGAUAAAGGAAUGUGGUAGAAAAAGUACAAAGAAGAAAAACCAAAUAUCAAAAGGUGAGUUGUGGGAACCAGUGAAGACCAAGUUCACAUGUUAGGUACUAGAAUUAUCAAGUGGGAGGGUGAUUAGAUUCAUAGAUAUUUAAACCUG